AAGCAAAUCGAAGUAGGAGCAAUAAGAGUCGAACGCUUUACGUUGUACCUAAGUCCCGCGGCGCAGACGAAGAAAUGUGAGAAAUCAAGUCAGUCGGCUGAGCAAGAACUCAGAGCCAUUAUAUAUAUUUAUCAUUAUAGCGCAAUGAAUGCAAAAGCAAACAUGGACGAAAUUUAUCUUCCUCGUUAUUUUGGCCCAAGCUACGCGGGGGGUGCGGGCAAGUACGUACUUAUUCAAAAAGGCCGGCCCCCCUAUGCGUGUAAGGCUUGGCUCGGGACACCUUGCGGCACGAAAGUCCUCCUAAAAAAAAAAAGGCGCCGCCGCCGUAUUAUCUGAAAGAAAACGAAAACAUGAAAGGCCGGGGCGCUGCGGAGAAGCCGCCGCAGGCACGCCUCUCACCAAGUCGGACGAAGUUUAUCUUUCUCUUUUUUUCGGCCCAAGCUACGGUGGGGGCGCGGGUACAUACCAAACAGAACCGGCCCCGCCCUUACGCGUGUAAGGCUUGGGCCGUGCCACUUUUGUGGCGCGAAUUUUUUGGAGCCGCCACCGCUACCGCCCCGCCUCCAGCUAGUAGGCAAAGGCGAAGGCCCAUUUUUGUCCUCGAAAGCAAACUGCUUUCUGUGCCCAGGGCCGCAAGCACAUAAAUACCUCCGUAGUACGUCAAAAGCCUUAAUAUAGUUUUAGUUCUAUCUGCUUCAUCAAGCAGACUGCUUGGCCCAACAAUUCUUCACAUCUGUGAGACAAAUACUAACGAUGUCUUUUUCAAUCAGUAUCAGAUUUUUCAGCUCAAUUUUUCAGUGGGACAGAAACUCCGAAUUCUGUACACAACAGCAGGCAUUAAUUAUGCGUGAUGUAGUUGUAUCGCAAGAAAGAACUGUUUCACUGUAAACCUGUGAUGCAGAGAACGAAACACCAAAGUGUUUGUCUUGCUACACCUGCAACGCAAUGGCUUUUUAAGCGUGUUUUCCCUUGGGAAACGCGCAUGGCAAAUUAUCUGUGUCAUGUGUAAGAAACUUGUGAUGCAGAUCUUGCAAAACCAUCACAGUGAAGCAGUUUUUUCGUGGGAUAUGUUGAUAUAAUUCGUCGUCCGAGUGCCGUCGCGUGGAAGACAGCCCCGCGCACUUCCUCUAUCAAGGUGAAAAAAGCCCCCACCCCAUAUCGGAAACGGAAGAUUCGCGAAUUUGUGAUGCUGUAUUUGAGUACACAAAUCGACGUGUAUUGCUAGAAGGCCAAGAGACGAAGCUGCGGCCUAAAUUGCAGGUAAUCUGUCAUGCUGUUUCCCACUUCCAGUUGCCUCCUGUCAUCCUGGCGCUGCAAGGCUUUCCCACGUUAGGCAGCACUACAGUCCGGCGCAUCUUUUGCCUUCUAGCAUCACAAAGCUGAUUUGUGGCCACAAAUCUGCAUCACAGAUUUCCGUUUUGAUAUGGGGAGGGGGCAUUUUUAAUUGUAAUAUCCUCGAAUGCUAUGCGAUAGGUAUCAACCUUGAAACACUAUCAUGUCCGCAGCGUCUUGCCAAGGUCUUCGCCUAUGUGGCACAUGUGCCACCAGACGACUCCAGCACCGACGCAGAGCUUUGAACCCCUCGCGGGGCUUCCCGCCCGUGGGCACUACGAAAUUUCGUAUAACGCCGUACCUGGUGGCAGGCACGCAAAAGCAUCUGUCAGAGGGCAUGAUGCGUGAUGUGUGAGACUACAUUCAGCUUGCCGCUGAAGCUGCUUCACAUCUAAAGACCGUGGCGCAAGUAUCGAUCGAAAUGACGCUCGCAGCGAGAACCGCAUUGGUGCAGACAUCAGGAACAAUAAGGAAUUGAUUUUGCCGGAGCUCACACAGACGCCCGCCCCCCUAGGGGACGCGUAGGCUCCUCCAGGCUCCGACGUUCACAUGUUCUUGAGAUGAUCG